UCACAAUGUCCACUCGGGCUCCAGUCCUCGCAGCUGUGGUUGCCCUUGGGGCUACCACCGUCCACGCCGCCAUGGGCCCUGCCUUUAGCACUGGUCCCGUCGCCUCCAACUCGUGGAUCCGGGAAGCCACCUCGACCUUAGUUCUUCCCAACGGCCCCAGCGGUGGCGCUACCGAUGCCAUUACCUCUCUGUGGGUUGGGAUGGGUACCUCCAACGGGGACCUGAUCCAGUCUAUCGCGGAUAACUGGCAGCAGAAGGACUGGACCAUGUACGCCUACACCUUGAUGAAGACUGGCGACUCCAGCCAAAUGCCCAUCUACGGUGACGGCCAAGCGGAUGGCACCCAGGGUGACCAGGUCACCAUGCACUACAAGUUCGAUGAUGCUAGCGGCAACUACACGCAGACUGUGCUGAUCAACGGCCAGACCGUCUCCACCCUGUCGACCAGCGAUGGCCAUGCUCAGGGCUGGGGUAGCGCGGUCGAAUGUGCUGAGGACAACUGCGGCACUGUUGGCGCUCACUCUUGGAUCGACACCAAGAUCAUCCUCGACGUCGCGGAUCCCAACUACAUCAACACCAUGGCCAAAGGGAGCGGAGUGACUGGCGAGAUGUCCACCACGGACGGUGGCAAGACCUGGACGGUCUCCACCAUCAGCAUUCCUGAGUUCUCCUUUGGUAACUGA